AUGGCGAGUGUGCUACACAUGCUAGCAGAGGACCUUGGCACUAUGGGCUUUCGUGAAUUGCUUCGAGACUUUGUCAGUCGCGGAGCUGACAUCAAUGGGCUCAAUACCAAAGGCGAAACACCCCUUUUCACGUUCGCUCACCGAUAUCCGCAAGAGUCAGACGAUGUUUUCGGUCUGGAUUACAUGAAGCAAAAAGUCCGAGGCGAUGAGUACGAGGAAACGAGAGAGCAGGGGGCUACAGCACUCCUACAGGAGCUGGGAGCAGACUUCUUCGUUACGAACAAAGAGGGUGAAGGGCGACUACAUGUUGCAGCAGCUGGUGAUGUUGUUCGCUUCCAGGAGCUGAUGUCUGUGGGAUUGGAUCCAAUGAUGGAGAAUAAUGUGCACCAGACAGCGAUUGAUAUAGCAGCAUCUUGCUCUAACAAUGCUGUGCUUGAGGUGUUUCAAGAGAAGAUAGAAAUGUAUGAGAAGGAGGGAGUAAUUUGA